AUGGAGACCCUUGAACAAGAAAACCAACGCUUACGCCAACGCAUUGCUGAAUUGGAGUCCCAACUAGAAUCCAAACCAGUCAAACAGCAACAUUCCUUUCAACAAGUGGAUCGGCUUAGCAAUCCAGAGAUCCGACGCUUUGGCAGACAAUUGAUUCUCCCUGACUUUGGCAUUGAAGGUCAACUAAAGCUACGCAAUAGUUCUAUUCUUGUUGUUGGUGCCGGUGGUCUUGGAGCUCCAGCAUUGCUGUACCUUGGUGCCGGGGGCGUUGGUCGACUUGGUAUUGUGGAUCAUGAUGACGUUGAUGUUUCCAAUUUGCAUCGCCAAGUGAUACAUAAGGAAAGGACUCAAGGUAUCAACAAGGCUGUCUCGGCAAUGAUGGCUGUUCACGAAAUCAAUCCUGGAUGCCAUGUCACACCUUACCCAAUACUCUUGGAUAGCACCAAUGCAUUGGAUAUCAUCAAACAGUACGAUGUGGUGCUCGAUGCAACUGAUAAUGUGGCCACUCGCUACCUACUGAAUGAUGCAUGUGUUUUGGCGGGCAAACCUCUUGUUUCAGGUAGUGCUUUGAGAAUGGAUGGCCAGCUCACGGUGUACAAUUACAAUGGUGGUCCUUGCUAUCGCUGUUUGCAUCCUGUACCGCCUCCUGCUGAAACUGUGACCAAUUGCUCGGAUGGUGGUGUCCUUGGCGUAGUACCUGGUGUGAUUGGUACCCUGCAAGCCUUAGAAGCAAUCAAGAUUAUCACUGGAUCAAAUGCCAAUGAUCCACCAAGUUUCUUGAUCUUUUCAGGCAGCUAUUCACCCAUGUUCAGAACAAUGAAGCUUCGUGGAAAACGAAAGGAUUGUGUCGUGUGCGGAGAAAAUCCUACAAUCACAGCUCUUAUUGACUAUGUCCAAUUCUGUGGAGCGGGCGCAAAUGAUAAGGAGCUUUCACUUUCUGUUCUUGAACCCAAAGAACGCAUCAAUGUACAGCAAUACAAUGAGGUGGUAAAUAACAACGAAGCACAUGUGCUCCUCGACGUACGGGCACCAGUUCAGUUUGACAUUUGCAGUCUUCCUGGCAGUCUAAGCAUACCAUUGGCCAAUUUGGAAAAGAGGAUAUCAGAGUUGAAGAAGGAUAUGGAGGCAAAGGAAACCGACAAUGUCUACGUAGUUUGCCGGUUGGGUAAUGAUUCUCAAUUGGCUGUACGAUUGUUACAAAAGCAUGGUAUUACAAAUGCACGCGAUAUCUCUGGAGGCCUAUACAAGUGGGCCACUGAUAUAGAUCCCAAUUUCCCCAUAUAUUAA